GCGAGCUAUCGCUGAGCGAACUUCCUGUGGUUGAUAUCUCAGUCAACUGGUAGAAAGGCGAUGUAGAUCCCGAUGAUGACUUAAGACUGGAUUUUAAUAUACGACAAUGCAAAUAAACGUCGGUGACUUCGUGAAGGAGUCAUGGGAGGAUUACAAGUCACCCACGACAUCCACCUUCACGUCGAAAAUGGGUCACUGUCGACAUACGGUUUCAACACUGGAAGAGACCCUGGACGUGGACCGCAGUGGCUUGACCAAGAUGAAGAAGUCGGUGAAGGCCCUGUACAACACAGGAUCCAUGCAUGUGCAGAACGAAGCAUACAUGGCGGAGAAUCUGGAGAGACUGGGCAACAAUGCCAAAGUGCGGGAAAACGAAGCUGAGAUCAGUGCUGCCUUCAUGAAGUUUUCUCAUGUCACCAAAGAACUGGCAUCCAUGAUGAAAAAUUUGAUGCAGUCCCUGCACAACAUCAUGCUGUUCCCGCUGGACCAGUUCUUGAAGGGCGACCUGAAGGGUGUCAAGGGUGACCUGAAGAAACCCUUUGACAAGGCCUGGAAGGAGUAUGAGGCCAAGUUUUCCAAGAUUGAGAAGGAGAAGAAGCAGCAAGCCAAGGAAGCAGGGAUGAUCCGGACGGAGGUCUCAGGGGCUGAGAUUGCUGACGAGAUGGAGAAGGAGAGGAAGAUCUUCCAGCUCCACAUGUGCGAGUAUCUGAUCAAGAUCAACGAGAUCCGUACCAAGAAGGGUGUGGAUUUAUUGCAGUACUUGGUCGAGUUUUACCAUGCUCAGGCAAAUUUCUUCCAGGACGGUCUGAAGACCAUAAACCACUUCCAUGGCUUCAUUGAGGAGCUGGUCACACAACUCAAGAAAAUCAAACAGAGACAAGACAACGAGCGCAAGCAGUUGAUAGAGCUCCGGGAUGCUCUCAAGAGCUCCAUGUCAUCGUACAAAGAGCAUGCUCACCACCGGUUGUCAGGAGGAGGCUGGCCGUCGACGACGAACUCGUCCACGCCCGGCUACAGCCUGCACCAGCUGCAGGGCAACAAGAUACAUGGCAGUGAGAAAACUGGCUACCUGCUCAAGAAGAGCGAGGGCCGCAUGCGUCGAGUGUGGCAGAAGCGCCGCUGUAUCAUCAAGGAGGGGCUGCUGUACAUUAGCCAUCAUGACGAAAACAAAGAUCCGGUGAAGUUGAAUCUUCUGACUUGCCAAGUGAAGCUGGUUCAUGACGACCCUGGAAAGAAGUGUUUUGACCUCGUCUCCUCUUCCAAUAACCGCACAUAUCACUUCCAAUCAGAUGAUGUGAAAGAUAUGGAGGCCUGGAUUUCAGUAUUAAACAAUGCGAAGGAAGAGGUUUUACUGAAGGCAUUCCAGGACAGUAGCAACUCCCCGUCUCUCAAUCAGAAUGUCCGAGAGCUCACAAACAGUAUUAUCGACCGAGUCAAGCGGCUUCCUGGAAACAAGUAUUGCUGUGAUUGUGGAGCACCAGACCCGGAAUGGCUGUCGACAAACCUUGGGGUGUUGAUCUGCCUAGAAUGUUGUGGGAUUCACCGCCAGAUGGGCGUCCACAUCUCCCGCACACAGAGCAUCGUCAUAGAUGAGCUGGGCACCUCUCAGCUAUUGCUUGCAAGAGUAGUAGGAAACUCCAACUUCAAUGAUAUUAUGGAGGCCACUCUUGACCCCACUCAAAAGCCAAAACCUUCUAGUCAUAUGGAUGAUAGACGCGACUUCAUACGAGCCAAGUACGAGCACCAUCGAUAUGCAAUAAUCACAUGUACAGACAAGGACGACCUCAAGCAGGACCUGCGACAAGCCAUCUUGUCCAAGGACAUUUUGGCCCUGUUGCAGGUCCAUGCUGAAGACCUCGAUCUCAUGGCUAUCCUCCCUGACAUGGAGAAUGAUGAGACAGCACUACAUCUGGCAAUAAUUGAAGAAGAUGGAUCUUCCCUGCCCAUUGUAGACUUCAUCAUACAGAACAGUGCAAUAGGCUCUCUGGAGAAGCGGACACGUGGGGGAAACACAGCUCUGCAUCUCUGUGCUGAACUUGACCGAACAGAAUGUCUCAAGCUUCUGCUUAGGACUCGACCUGACCUCGCCAACAUUGAGAACAAAUCUGGCAAAACAGCGAUGGACUUAGCUAAGGAACACAACAACCACCACUGUGCUGAACUGUUGAAGUCAGCCCUGACAGCGAAAAAGGACCAAUUUCUUUAUGUCAAUGUGGACUGGGACCUUAUGAAUGAGGAGCGCCUGUACGACUACGGGGACUACAGCGAUGAUGACUUAGACAAAAGCUCAAUACAGAGUAAUUCUCAUUAUAUUCUGGGAACACCGGACAAGCAGAAACCAAGGUCAAGGCCACCUAGUCUGAUUGUCCUACCUGACCCGGGGAUGUUUGGGAGCAAAGAUGGCCACUCAUCUCGAGACCGGUUGGAUUCGGACAGUGGCAAGCUGCCUCCUCCGCCACCUCCGGCUGUCAACAAACCAAAGAAGUAUAUCACUAUGCCUAGUAAAUAUCGCCACAAUAACAACAAGGUCAAGUCAGUUCCUGGCCUCAAUGCUCCGAACAGCCAUGGAGGGUCGAGUCAGAACGGAACAAACACAUCCUCCUCCUCGACUACUCCCCCAAUACAGCAGUCACAUGACCCGCCGCUGCCUCAGAGUCGGCCCAGCCUGCCGCCACUGCCACCGCGGAGUAAGAAACCUCCGCCCCCUCCUCCCCCAACGACAGCAGCUCCGGGUCACGUGAGGAAUCGGUCAGAACCAGAUGCAUCCUAUCUUGUACACAAGCGUACAGCCUCUGACCCCCCUCCAAGACCAGCCCCUCCUGACUUCAGGAACACCAUCAAUAUCCCUGCAGGUGAGGAAGGAGGAAGCUCAGCAGGAAGCUUAUUCAGGGGUGCCAAGUUGGUGCUGCCCUUGCCUACGGAUGGUGACAAGAGAGGACCUUCCAAACCACUGAGUCGACAGAGAGAUGAGGCUCGGUUCAGUAGAAGCCAUUCAAUCGAUCCACCCGAUUCUGAGAGUAGGGAUACUGCACCGCCACCUGUUCCCAACCCAAGACUCAAGACUCGGAAGUCCUCCAUUGGCCGCAGACGAUGUCGGGCUCUGUAUGACUGUGAUGCUGACAAUGAUGAUGAGCUGACCUUCAAAGAAGGGGAGGUAAUUGUGGUGUUGAAGGAGGAAGAGGAAGAGUGGUGGGAAGGAGAGGUUGAAGGAAGCCCUGGGCGGCGAGGACUGUUUCCCGUGAGCUUCGUGAACAUGAUUCCGGAGGGAUGACGUUAGCUGACAACUAGGCUCCAAUAUGCACAUACACAUGCAAUACAGCACCCCCUACUGCCAGACACAGACCAGGGGAGAUAACUCCCUCAGCUUUUCUACACCACUAGGAACAGACAUUUUGGAAGUUUAGUGAGGAGUUGCAGUGUUAGUAUUGUGGUAGGAUACAUGACUCAUGUAACCUGUGGAAAUAAAUCAGACAUUGUAGCAUUGUGCUGAACCACUCUGUAAUAGGAUAUUGAAACACUGUAUUCAACUUGUCAUGGACCUGAAUCUUUGCUUCGGCUCAGUUGAGAAAUAGAAAAUCUCACCCUCUUGUCUUUUGAUAUCAAAUACAUCAAAAUGAGUUGAUAGAGGAGUUUUUAACUUUUAUCGACGAGGGUUGAUAUAUUUGAUGUCAAAAGACACUUCGGUUAGAUUCUAUUUAUCAUCCAAAAUCUUUCUUCGACUUUAUCAGUUUGUAUACAAUAAUAACCCGUGUCUGGAGUGUAAAACAUAACCAGCUUCUUUGGCAGAGAGGCUAGUGAUGUCAUUUUAUAUUGUCAGCAAAACAUUGUGAUGCAAUUUUAUUGUCGUGACAUCUCCUGCGGAAGCCAGUUUUGGUUGAUAAAUGUACUUCGUGUACAGUCAGAUCUCAAGGAUGUCUGCUGGAAUGUCCUCUGCUUGUGUUCGCAGCUCAACUCAGUCAUAACUAGACCAAGAGUCAAAUUGCUAAAUGUAUGGUAUAGUGUAUUAAACGAAUAGGUACAAUUAUUGUUUGGACAUGUUGGUCAUUGUUUAUGUCAAAAGGCCUUUGCACUAUGAUGUCACUUCAUUGUUGCAAUGUUGUGUGUCUUCAUAGCACUGUAUCAUGCCAUCGAUGAAAUGCCACUGAGGGAAAUAUGAACAUGCACAUAAUUGUACUUUAUCUAAAACAUUAGCGCAUAUUUAUUUAUGGAUGAAUUAGUUAAAUGUUAAGUCCUUUUUAGUGUAUGUAUUUGCAAAACUGUUAAAAUGGUGACUUAUACCCCUACACAUUUUAGAAAAAAAGUGUGAAUUUUGUGUGAUGGUUACUAUUGUAUAAACCUAGUAGUGUAGAAUAAGGGAUUAUUUCAUUUAGACAGUAUAAGGUAUCAUUUAGAUAUAUCUAACUUAGAAAAAGUUAAAUCCUAUUAAUGCAGACCAGCAAACAUCCUUGAUCACAGUUAAGUCUUGUGUAGAGAAUAUCUGAUGCUUACACAAGUGUGAGGCACUUUCUGAGAGGUGACAGGUUGAAUAUAGUGUCUUCAGCUGUCUAUCAGUGUAAUCUGUGUGUUGGAUACCGUGAAAAUUUAGAUAAUCGUUGAAGUGACUAUAUGUCUUGUAAUGGUUAGUCUUAUUGGUAGGUAAGUCAUGUCUUUCAAAUGGAGCUAUAAUCUACAUGUGUAUUUGUUUUCAACAUAUUUGAAAGAAUGGAACAUUCCUCUAAAACAGCUGAGUUUUCAAAGAUAACCAACCCACACACAUUCAGCACAAAUGUAGAUAGCAGUGUCCAGGUUUGCACUGUGGCUGUUAGGAUAUUACGAAUCCAAGACAUUCAGUCCACAAUAUUUCCGAAUUAACCAAAGAUGUAGAAAUGUAGCUCUUGUGAUGACUCAAGUUAGAACAUAUCUGAAAGCAAAUUCUUGUUAUUUGAUGCAGUUUAGACUUAAAAUCCUCUGUACUUGUCAGUUCAUCAGAUGUCUUAUUACACGACAAAUGUCUAGUUUCACAUUAAGAUAGUCAAACAGUCAACUGACAUUUGUUUAUAUGAUGUGAUUUGUAUUUGAUGUUUAGGUUCUUGAGGCAGUGCAUAGGAAGUGUUUAUGAAUAGGGCUGUAACGAUAUGUCAUGCAGCAUUGACCUUGAACGUCAAGUCACAAAAUAACACAUGUACCAUACAUGAAAAGCUGAUACAUGAGAACACUGUUGUCUUGUUUAGGAGCAGUAUUGAGUCUUCCAGUGGAAAGACUGAGGAUCUAACAAAACAAAUGCAGUAAACAUCAGUAAUAGUCUACAAAAUAACGUUGUCCUUUUGUAUAUUCUGACCGUAAUAGUUUUUUGAAUGAAUUUUAAUACCAUACGAUAUUAUCAUAAAGCAUGUCAUGAGGACACCAAUGGUCACAUCCAACUGGUCGCAGAUUAUUUUGGACUAGUGGUUAUAUAAAAUAACUUGAUUAGGGGUUAAAACAAGUAGUCUAUCUUUUUCGGACUAAUGGACAAGUAGCGGUGUCUGUUCCCGUAUGUACUGUUUUUUACAAUUCACAAACUUAUGAUACAUAUUGUCACACAAAGUAUUGCAGUCCAACAACACCUUGGUCAUCGUUACAGCCCUGUUAAAGACAGUUGGAAUUGAGGGGAACAAAAUAUUUCAUUGUUUGUAUGAACAAUGUAAGAUACAACUAGUAAUGUGUGAUGGUGCUAUUGUAGACUAGUUGUGUGUAUACUAGUAUCUCAUUUACCUUUGAGGAUGUAGCUGAGACUAAUAUUUGAAACCAAACAUGAAAUUCAAACUCAAGCAUGAUGUGCCACUACAACAUUUAACAUACAAAUCAUUUUUUAUUAUAUCAUUGUAUGUGAUGACUAUGUUUUAUACAGUAGCUGAACAAAUUUUAUCAUGUACUAAUUAACAGUAAUAUUUAUAGUAAAGUUUAAUUUUGUAGUAUUAAUUUGAAAUGAAAUUGUGGUAAUUUGAAAACUUGCAUUACUGAGCUAACAUUUAUGGUUGGUGUCUCGUAGUGUUAAUAUGUAUUGUAUCUUAACUCUUAUUGCAUAGUAGACUGGUGUUUUCAGCAAUGACAGCAAAUUUGUACGAAGCCUGAGAAUGUAUCAGGUUUGGUAGCAUCAGUGUACUACCAGAAACUCAAUAUAGUGUUUAGUUCAUAGUCAGUACUUCACGGUUUGUAUACACUGUGUUUCUCCAUCAUCUGUGAAUACAUGGGGCUGAUAUGCAGUUUAGUAUGUGGUAACAUUUGUCAGUCUAGUCGGCUAAUUAGGUCUUGUAUAACUCACGGAAGUGAAAUAACCCAAUUAUUGCCUGACAUCUACUGACACAAUGACCAGUGAGAAACUUUGCCGUUUGUGCGAUUAAAAACUGAGCUCUCUUUGAUCUUGAGUACAAUGUGUGAAGCCCAUUUCUGGUGUCCCCCGCCGUGAUAUUGCUGGAAUAUUGCUAAAAGCGGCGUAAAACCAUACUCACUCACUCACUUUGAUCUUGAUGGUUUUUCCCUUGCUGGAACCAGAUAGCCGCUUAAUUUGUUGGUUAAUAGCAGCCACUGCACCUCAUGUCGGCCCUAUGUAUUCAUGGGGGAUGGAGGACCAUAGUGUAUACAAACCUAGGACGUAUUGAUGAUGAGUUCAUAUACCAUCACUGUGAUACAGAGGACAGAGAAACCUUGUUCACUCAAGACUCCCAGGGACCAUUAAAUGUAUUUCUUGUUAGUUGUCGUUGAAGACCAGCAGGGGGCAUGGAUGGCCCAGUCAUCAUUGUGCUGUGCAGAGUUGUGUGCCAGAAACAUGGGUUCAAAUUCCAGGUUCAUCCUGGUUUUCUGGUUUGUCUGCACCAUAUCCAUGCUUGUGGGUUUCACCGAAAUGGUAAAUGUCAAAGUCCUGUUUCACUUCGGGCUUUCCUCCAACAUCAAGCUGACACGCCACAAUAUGACUGAAAACUUGUUCUAAGAGGUGUUAGCCAAAUUUACUCAUUGAAGACAAGAUGUAUACUGACAUUAAACCAUCAAGAUGACAAGGGUUCUAUGAAAGCAUGAAGUAACUUUGUAUUCUGUUAGAGGGGUAGCCAAGGGGCUAAAGUCUUUGCUAUUCACACUGGAGGCCUGGGUUUGAUUUCCAAAAUGGGUACAAUGUGUGAAGUCUGUUUCUGGUGUCCCAGCUGGGAUAUUGCUGGAAUAUAGUUGUAAGUGGUGUAAACAUAUUCUCACUCACCCAUAUGUCUGUUUCACGAUAGGGGAGUUUGAGUUAACAAGGUUUCUGUGAACUUUAAAGUUACAUAUGUGGAAAAUGAAUUUCUUUUUCUUCUACAAUUUCAAUUUAUUUUUGCUUUCAACGACUCGUCUAUUCCUGGAGCAGUGUGUAUAACUGUACAGACGUGGUAUUCUGUUUAUACUGUAUAUAGCCAUCAUAACACAUAUCUAACUUUUACUUCAUCUGCUCGGUGGAGCAGUCAUAUCACUCUGUAUCACCAAGUCGGAUUAUACUUAUACUGUGAAAUCCCUUAUGAGGUAUUACCGGUAGAUAUACCUAUGAUAGACACUGAUGUAUACAGCAUUACAAUGAUUGGUUUCUGAUGAUUAUGUGACGAGUUAUGUUUGUGAACAUUGUUUUCAUAGGAUUGACAGUCCCUGCUAGGUCUUCCCAUCGAUUACUGAUAUCAUGGGAGAUGUUUUUACAAAUGUUUCGAUUCUUCCUAAUUGCCUGUAUUACUGAACUGUGGUCAUUAACAUCCUCGAUUGUCAAAGGUAGAAUAUCUGCAUUCUGUGUUGAUAUUACCCUGGACCCAUUUGUUACCAUAGUGAUAUCAACGUCUUCAUCUCUAGCUCAUGGGAGUAAUCUGAUUGGAUGGCUAUUGAGAGUUUCUUCUGUCAAUUUGAGUUGAAAACGAAGCCAUGGUAGCGAUUGGGUCAAGUGUAUUUAUCAUUGUAGCUUGAAGAUAGGUCAUGAAGUGCAGCAGUAUGCCAUGUAGUUUGUUGUGUAAUUGGUCUCUGGCAAUAUCAUAGCAUGCCUUGGUGUUCAUACUACGAUAAUUAUGCGUUUCUGACAAUACCUCUAUACUGCCACCGUCAUGUGUGUUCAGCUUUCAGUUCUACCAACAGUGGAUGAUGUAUACAUGUUCAGGGCAAGUGAUCAGAAAACAUUUCCUUAUCGGGGAUAUAUACUUUAGUUGUACUGUAUGGGUCUUUAUCAGCAGCAUUGAUUAGGUUCUCAGUCGAUAGCCAUGUUGCUUUGUCCCCACACAAUACAACGUACGAUGCCACUCCAUGUAUACAGAACUACAUGCACCAUGGGUGGGAAUAAUAUGGGUGGGGUAUAUGACACUGCAUUAAAGAAGACACAUGGUGGUAAUAAUAAUAAUAAUAAUGCAUUUAUAGAGCACCUGACUUCCAACUUAGAUAGGUGCUCAGUGGUGCUAUAUUAUAUUAUUAUUCUGCUCAAUUUUUGAGUUUGCACCCCAAUUUCAUUCUCAGCUCCCUGGGGAGUAUACAACCCGAGUUGCUAGAAGUUAAGUCACAUUACCAUUCACUGCUGAGUGGCAUUCUUUGAACAAAGUAGCCUUGAUAAGUCUGAUGGGUAAAACCUGGAAGGGGUUGAGAUAGUGUCGGAGGAGGUGUGGAUCAUCGAAUGACGGUGUAACACAGAGAAGUAAGGUAUAGAUUGGCCUUAUGGGUAGGUACCUGCAAUUGGGUAGGGUGGUGUUUGAUGGGGCAUACAUUGACACAAUGUUAGAGGGACAGGGUGCCAGGGUAGAUCAGUCUGACGGUCGAGUGUCUCUCUACUGCAGGAGUGAGUUCAUUGUACGUUGUUGCUCUGUGAGUGUGGUGUUGCUGUUGCGUGUGAUGUUGCUCAAGUUGUUCCAGUGCUAGUCUGCACCUUAACAGGUGUUUGUAAAUAGCUGUCUACUUCUCAAGUGCUAGUAUUGAAUUACAGCAACGCUACUUGCAAUAACAGAUACCUCUGCUUUACGUUGUAAUUACAUCCGCCAUUUUGUGCUCUUUUAUGUUAACAUGUUUUAUUUUUUUUGUUUUCUGUAUGAAACAUGAAAUAUGACAAUGAUGGGUAUUGAUGAAAGUUAACUGGCUUACUGCUUUAAAAAAACCUGAGGCUAUAAAGUGCAAUAUGUUUUUCUUGAAAUAUUCAAUUUCAUUCAUAAAAUCUUAUUUGGCAUAAUAUAUGCACUAUCAUUGCAAUAACAUUUAAUGUUUUAUGUCUGCAGUGUUGAAAUAACUGCUUCUAAGCAAACAAAACAGAUGAUAAUGAGCUUCUAAUUUCAGUGGGUACAGUCAUUAUACAUACUUUGACAUUGUCGCACUGUGCUGAAGGCAUUAUGGUUCAUAUUCAGUGCCAGACCCAGUAAGCAUGAAAACAUUUAACUGGAAUGCUGCUUGUGUUUAUCUACUUCAGUUAAUCUUUAACAGGUAAGUCUAUGUACAAAGAGACAGUGCCUCAAUAGGCUCCAAUCAGUGGUUAGACUGAGGCUGUCUGCAUGAAGCUUGGUCCCUCUUUCAGGGCAUGUAACAUGGUGAAACCUUCCACUUGCACUCAGUGUAGUCCACUGACCGCAUGAAAGGUUACAAAACAUACACUUUCUUUCUUUACAGAGUAGGAUAAGGAACAGGUUCUUCUGGUAACGUUAUCGCUUAAGCUAGAACGCAAUCCCACCCCAGUUGUGACAGCACUUCAGAUUGUGUAAGCGUAGAAAGUAGAUGGUAACAAAGUUGUUCUUCUCUUUCUGUAAAGUCUGUUCCACAAAGCAGUUGCAGUAUUUCACAUUGUGUUUAACAUUUAGUCUGUUUAAACAUUAGGUGAAAACGAUGUGUGUUUUAUUACAUAAAGAAAAGGCUGCCAUUAAUUUUUGCUGUAGCGUCUUUGCUGUGAAAUAAGCUUUGUGCUCUGACUUAGGCAAUGUUAUAAUGUCUGUGCUGACAUUGUCAAUGUUAUAACACCAGAUCCGUGCUGACACUGUCAGUGUUAUAACACCAAGUCUAUGCUGACAUUGUCAGUGUUAUAACACCAGGUCUAUGCUGACAUUGUCAGUGUUAUAACACCAAGUCUAUACUGCAUCAGUGUUAUUACACCAAGUCUAUGCUCGUUUAGAUAUUAUGAUAAGUGCUGAGAUUGUUUUGUGGAAUAGGACCAGUACCAGUACCAGUACCAGUCAUGAUACUGAAACAUUGACUUAAACAUUGAUGAUGGAUGUUCAGUACAUGUUAUUGUUGCUGUAGUUCGACAAGGCCAUGUAUAUUGUAAGAUAUUAGCGGUUUGACUGUAAUCUGUUUCUAAUUAAGUGCUAACACGUAUAUACAUUCAGUGUUUGUAUUUCACUGCAGCUGUGAACCAACAAUUAUGUGCUAUUUUUCUCUGGUUACAUGUUGAUAUGUAGAGUAUAUUGUUGACAGUUGUUACUAUGGUUACAUGAGAAUGUUGUGGCUGGCGACCUGUGAGAUACCAUGUGAAAGUUACAUUGACUAGAGAAUUUCUGGAAUAGUUGUAGGCCUGAAAAUCAGUAUUUAGUAAUCUACUGUCAUUAGAAUGGAAAACAUAUAUAUAUAUAUCUUACUUUUAGUUAACAAGGAGAAAUAUAUUUGUUUCAGGAUUUUAAACCUUCAUCAUAAAUCUAUGAAUUACUGAAAUUUAUUUCUUGGAAUUUAUGUUUGAAACCACUUAAUGGUGUAUGUGACCCUUGCUUUGUGGCUCAAUGAUAUUACUUGAACUUGAAAAGACAAGUUUAUGGUAGAUUUUACUGACAAUCUUGAUUUCAGCACAUUGACUUCUGUCACAGGUAUAAGGUGGGUUCUGAAGUCCAUUUGUCUGUUGGUGAUGUGAGCAGACUAUGAGUAGAUAUGGACGAAGCCUAAGACACAAGGAUGAAAACUGAAUGACUUGGUGGUUGGAUAGUUUGUUUCUGGGCAUUCAACUGCAUAAAUUUGCAUGAUACCAUUACCUUACACUUUCUAAUGUGGUUACAGGCUGUUAAUAUGAAAAGAUUUGGUAAACAGUUAGUACUUUCCAUUGGUUGCACUGGUCGUGAAAAUAGGAUUCUAUUAAUGAAAGGUUAUGGCCCUGCGUUUGGUGAUGUUUCAUUAGAUGCUGUUUCUGUACAACUACUAACAACUCCAGUUCAAUUCAGGAUGGAAGAGGUGGACCAAGAUUGACUACAUCAUGUUUGAUGAUUGUGAUAUUGUUGAUAUUUUAGUGAUGAAGACAUUCUAAGAUGGAUGAUGUGUUUGAUGUUGUGCAUUGCCAUGUGAUGGUACACAGGGAGAAAGAGGGCCUCUAAGAGGUGGUGGUUCAACCUUUCAGAUCAAAGAUGAAUAUGAUGUUUGAAAAGAUGUGUGUUAUAAUGACAUUGAAUGUAUGAAGUUCAACAUUUCAUUGUAAGAAAACAUCCAUGUUUCACAUUCUCUCGAAGGUCAAAACCAGUUUUUGCAGUCUCUCUUUCUCCCAGAAGUACAGAAUGCUUGAAGCUGUUCGUGUUUUUUGUACAGAAAGACCAUGUUUAAGCCAUUGUUCAGACUGGUCGCCUGUACAUUAUAUCGUCAGUCACGCCAUGACACAACUUAUCGUUAAUGCACAAUGUACAUAAAUAGGUCAAGGUCGUCUGACACCAUAAGCACAAAGGUCAAGGCCAUUUGUAUCGAAUGUCUGUUAUUGUGCCAGAUUAGACUGCUAUCUAGAGGUAUUUUAGCUUAGAACCAACCAAUAAACUGCCUGACACACCAA